AUGGCACAAACCAAUGCUGGCCAGGUGGCCGUUGACGCCCAGGUUAAGGACUCGGUGAUGCCAUCCGAGAAGACCACGCCAAAAGAGAUUAGGCUCUCUCUCAUUGACCGUGUCAAUCUCGCCCUCAUUGCCAUGCCCGUCGCCGCUCGGACUGCUGCACGGCACAUGUUGGGUUUGUCGGGGCCUUCCAAGUACCUCGACCUAAGAUCUGAAGUCAUCGUGGCCGUUGUCCGCGCCUUGGUUGUCCCACAGCGUCCUCCGUUGACAUCGCUACCGUUCUUCACUUCGCCCGCAGACGGUGCUCACCGCUCUGGUGGACGCAGCAUUACAGAUACACAGCGCUUGCUCAACCGUGACCCGGGUGUCAUGGGUCCUCUCUGGGUUAGCAAAUACACUGCGCCUGGAGCUGCAAACGCCGACGAAAGUGCAAGCAUUAGCGAUGCUCUGGCCGACGUUGUCAAGCGUCUGCACGUUGAAGAAGGGGAGGGACGCAACGGCGCACCCUUUCCAGACAUCAGCUGGCCCGAUGUGGUGCCUGUAGAGGCUGAGUGGAUUGGCCAUCGUACAGGUGCGAGAGAGAGCGCCCUUCUUCCUGAAUACAUGGACGAGAAAGAGCGGUACGCGGCCCUCAUGAACCACAUCACAGCACCGCAGCCUACAACCGUGCUGUACCUGCACGGCGGCGCCAUGUACCUGCUUGACCCGGCCACACAUCGCCCCGCCGCUCUCGCCCUGUCAAAGAGGAUCGGCGGCCGUUGCUAUUCGGUGCGGUAUAGACUGGCUCCCCAGUCUGCGUUCCCGACGCAGAUCCUCGACGCUCUUGUGUCGUAUCUGACGUUGUUGUACCCGCCGCCGGGCGCCUACCACGAAGCGGUUUCGCCAGCGCAUAUUGUCUUUUCUGGAGAUAGUGCCGGUGGAAAUCUUUGCUUGGCACUGACGCGUGUGCUGCUCGACUUCCAACGCAAUGACACUCGAAUCAUGUGGCAUGGAUCUCGUCGCGAAGUUCCAUUGCCUGCCGGUGUCGCGGUCAACUCUCCUUGGGUCGAUGUCAGCAACAGCUCGCCAUCGUGGCAGCCAACGGCGGAGUCUGGCCGUGCCGAGUUUGAUUAUCUCCCACCCAUGAUUCUGCCGGGCAGCGAUGGCCUCAAUCGCCCGCCGUGCGAGGCGUGGCCCUCAAACCCACCACGCCGCUUCAUCUACAUCGAGACAGAUCUAGUCACCCAUCCGCUCGCGUCGCUCUUCACCAGUGACCCCAAGGGCUGGAGCGGUGCACCGCCAAUGUAUGUUUGUGUUGGGUGGGAGCUGUUGGCGGACGAGGUAGCCUUUAUGACAGCCUCGCGACUGUACAACAACGGCAAUGGGGCAUCCGCCGUGGUGUUCGAACAGUACGAAGCCAUGCCACAUUGUUUUGCACUGGUUCUAUCUCGGCUGCCUGGAGCUAAACGCUGCCUUAACGGGUGGGCCGGUUUCAUUCGACAGGCGGUCGAACGGCCGGAGACACUGCGGCAGGGGGCGACCGGUCCCGGAUCUGGGUCGUCGUUCACGCACAUCAAGGCCAAGACAUUGGAGGAGACACCCAUUGACCCUGCCACAAUGAGCCCGUACACCGAGGAGCAGAUCAGAGAGGCCAUCCGUAAGAGGCUGGAAGGACCGUCGGUACGCCAGCCUGUGGUAGCUAAGACUAAUGCCAAGCUGUGA